UCGCGUUGGAUUUAAACCAGACUGAACUUUAUUCAGACUUCAGGCGAGAAUAAUAAGAUCGCUUGUGUUUUGUGGCCUUUAAUUAUUUACAAAAUUUAAUCAGAGGGAUAAUUCUAAUCCAUAAUUUUUAAAUACAGGUUUUACUGUAUAAAAUAGGUUCGACAAGGGGAAAAAAUAUUUUGCUUUUUUUUGUAGUUCGAUGCAUUUCUUGAACUUGAUUUCUUCAUAAACUGUCGAGGGAAGUUAGUUAGCUUUGGUUGAAUGUGUAAACGUGUGUUGACUUUAGAUUUAGUGUUACGUCUUUUUAUUAUUAAGCUAUCCUAAAUCAAGAUUAAAGCAUGUUCCGGAACGACGUUGCAAUAGAAACGUGCGAUCUGUCGAACUGCAUCGAGUUCAUUAAAGAUCAGCUGUACUUUGCUCUUCUUCAUCAGAAGGUGAAGAGCACUCCUGACAGACACUGUUUCUGCAUCGAUGAAGAGCUUUCCUAUGAGAACUUCUAUGCGGACUUUGGCCCGCUCAACCUGGCCAUGUUUUAUCGCUUCUGUUGCAAACUCAACAAAAAGCUGAAGUCUUGUGCCCUUGCAAAGAAGACGAUUGUGUUUUAUACCUGUGGUGACCGAAAGAAACAAGCCAAUGCUGCGUAUUUGAUCGGCUCUUAUGCUGUAAUGCAUCUACAGAAAACACCAGAAGAAGCGUACAGCCUUCUAGUCUCGCAAAAUGCAUCUUAUUUACCUUUUCGAGAUGCAUCUUUUGGAGCGUGCAUGUACAAUCUGAAUAUCCUCGACUGUCUGCUGGCCGUUCACAAGGCUCUACAGUUCGGCUGGCUGGAUUUCUCAAAGUUUAAUGUGGAGGAAUAUGAACAUUAUGAGCGUGCAGAAAAUGGAGAUUUCAACUGGAUAAUUCCAGGGAAGUUUUUGGCUUUCAGCGGCCCUCAUCCAAAGAGUAAAAUUGAGAAUGGAUACCCUCUUCAUGCCCCUGAAGCGUAUUUCCCCUACUUCAGGAAGCACAACAUCACCACCAUCAUCCGGCUCAACAAGAAAAUGUACGACGCCAAGCGUUUCACAGACAUGGGCUUCAAGCACCACGACCUGUUCUUCGUCGAUGGCAGUACGCCCAACGACGCCAUCGUCACCAAGUUCCUGAACAUCUGCGAGAACGCUGACGGAGGCAUUGCUGUCCACUGCAAAGCCGGUCUGGGCCGAACAGGGACACUGAUUGGCUGUUAUAUGAUGAAACACUUCAGACUGACUUCAGCUGAAGCCAUCGCAUGGAUCAGGAUCUGCAGACCCGGUUCAGUCAUCGGACCUCAGCAGAACUUCAUCGAGGAGAAGCAAGCGAGUCUGUGGACCGAAGGCGAUCUGUACCGCCAAAGAAUAAACGAGCAGGAAAACGGCUCGAGUAAAUCGGCAGUGGCUGGAAUCCUGUCCGGAGUGGAAGAUAUCUCCAUUAAUGGGACAAACAAGAACAUUUCACACAGGAAAACAGCCUCUGAUAUGCACACGGAGGAAGAGGAAGAGGAGUGCGGAGGACUCACACAAGGUGAUAAACUAAGAGCGCUGAAGAGUAAGAGGCAGUCCAGAGCAUCCACGGGCUCCGUAUCGUUAGAAGAAAAUGCAAUACACUCCAAAUCAACAUCAAGGUCAUUAAGCUCAGACAAAAGGAGAAGGACUCGGGCUUCCCUUGGAUCCAUCAGAGCCACGAGCCCUUUACAUUCAAGGCUCGCUAAAUCUUUAGGCAGCUUGCACGUAACGGCCUGUGAAAAGGAUCCGGUGUUUUCUGUUAGCGCUGGCUCAGUGGCCAACAGUAAUUUCAUCAAGCAGUCGAGCUUAAGGCACUUAAGUCCAGUGAACGGUCAGAGAUCACUGCAGCUGUAUGGCCUCGGCUCAUAACUCGAUGUCCAAAGCUCGAGCUCCUCUUCUCCGCUGAACCUGGAUCCAGUGAAGAUCACUCCAGUUUUACUGCUUCAUGGUUUCGUCGAAGUGAUCUACUACUAUAAACCAGAGUCACACUGUUUUUUGGGAAAUCAGCAGAUGUUAAGCAUUUUUAUUUGAUCAAGAGAAAGCAAUGAAUUUUAUUUUUAAAUCUGAGAGCUUUAAGCAUAUGUGAAGUUUGACUUUUUAUGCCAUUGUAAAUAUCAUGAGUGUCGGAAGCUGCCUUUGUCAUCAUGCAUUGUUACUAAAAAUGUAUUUUUUUUUUUUUUUUUUUUUUAAAUACUGUAUCUAGUACUUUUAUUAAUACUUGUGCUAAGCAUGACUGAAAGCUGUAUAUAGCCUGGAGAUUUUUUUUUUUAAUACUGUAAAUACAGCAUACCUUUUUAAUUUUGAUCAAAUUUAAAUCAUGAUUAUUUCACAUGUCUAUAUAUACAUAUAUAUAUAUAUAAUAGGAAAGGAUUUGAGUCAUAUCCCUUUUAAUAAAUCCUUUCUGCUAUUGCACA